UACGUAUAAUGAAUAUCAUAUGUUUAAAACACAUGUAUAAUAAUAUAUGUAGUACAGCUGAAGUAUUCGUUUAUUUUGACGCUCUAGUCUCAUGUUUAUGGUUAGAGUACAUAUUCUGUAUCUAAGAAUUGCGUGUCUUAUAAAUCUGAUAAUAUCACACUACCACCUUACAGUUUAAUAGAAAUCAUAAACUAUUAAAUAAUAUUCGAGAUUACAACUUAUGAAACUGCGAUGUAGUUUAUAAUAAAAUAGGAAGUCCAAACAAAUACAUCACUUAAAAACUCAGCGCUAGUAAACAUGCUUUGAAAUUGCGACCUGAUUAAGAUUCAGGGUUUCCAUAUGUGUGUCACAAUAAAUAAAGGUGUACAUAAAUAAAUAUUGUUACCAAGAUUGACCGAGAUGGACGCAGUAUGCGAGCCCAACGACAAACUAUGCCGAGCCUAUGCACUCGCCGCAGCGCUGCAAUCUCUCAACCUUUACUGUGCUACCAUCUCGACCGCCCUCAUUUGCUGCUGCUUGAAACAGCGACCUCGUUGGUGUGGUGUCCGAUGGCGAGGACAAAAUAUAAGAGGAGUAGCUAGUAUACUUUUAGGCGUAAUUUGGUGUUGCGGUGCCGCAGCAGCUACUCUCCGUCCAGGAAACACCGUACGACUUGUGGGUGCACUAAUGGGUCCUCUAGCUUGGUUGGCCGCUGCAGCUAUGCAUGUCACUUUAUGGACUAGACGCACAACCGCUCCGAUAUUAUAUUUAGCUAUAUAUUGGCUACUGACAUCUGCCUCAUCAGGAGCAAUAAUACAUAAUUUCCUGUUGAAUGGAGCUUCUCACGAUUAUAUCGAAGUAUAUGUAUAUGGAGUUGGAAUGUUUUUAUCGUUCAUUAUGUCUGUAGUGGAUUGGCUAUGCUUUUAUGAUGAGGUUACAAAGCGUUUACCCAGACGUCAAAUAAGUUUAACAGAGACUAAAACGUUAUACUUAUAUAACGAUACACAUUUUUAUUCAAGAAUAACCUUCUUUUGGUUAAACUCUUUACUGUACAGAGGUUACCGAUCAACUUCAGACAGUGAGAAGAUUGGAGAAGUACAGGAAAAUGAGUCAUCUAAACUAUAUUAUAAAAAAAUAAGGAACUUUUACAACAAUCAAAAGGUCACAAACAAAAACAAGUAUGUUAGCAUAUGGAAAUGUUACAGUCGGAUGGUGUGGCCAAACUUCUAUAUAGCGGGAUUAUUAAAAAUUUUCAGCGAUUUAACGAGUAUUGUCCCUGCACUUGGAUUAGCUGCUUUAAUUCGAUAUAUUGAAGGUUUAAAUGCAGUUUAUAACACGGAAUCUGAAGUAACUAUCGAAGAGUUUUUCUCCAAUGGCUAUGUUAUGUUAUUUAUUACAACGUUAGCGCUUAUCGUUCAAGCUUUAUUAUCGCAAAAUUCUACUCAUUUACUUAUGGUAGAAGGUUCUAGACUUAAAAUGGCUCUACAGAGCAUGAUUUACGAUAAAUGUACACGCUUAACAAUUUGGUCUGCAGACACUGAAGUAAACGAUGUGUCACAUUUACUGCCUAACCCGGAAGAAGUUGCUAAUACGCAAUCAGGACUUCUUACGAAUUUAAUAUCUCAAGAUACCUAUAAUAUCAUGUCAUGCGUAUGGGUUUUCCACUACACGUGGGCCAUUCCUCUGAAGGUUACUAUUAUAUUGUAUUUAGUAUAUACAAAGUUAGGUAUAAGUGCUAUUAUAGGCUCAAUUACAAGUGUGUUGCUUAUAUCACCGCUGCAACUGUAUAUAGGAAAGAAAAUCUCAGAAAAUUCUAGGGACAUUUCAAAAUGUACGGAUCAUAGAAUUUCAAAAAUAUCAGAAAUACUACAAGGAAUUAAUGUAAUAAAGUUAUACGUAUGGGAAGAUUUAUUUAACGAAAAGGUAUUGCAGUUUAGAGAAGUUGAACUAAAGCUUCUUAAUAAAGAUUCCAUAUACUGGGGGCUAUUAGGUUUUACGACACAAGCGUCCGGAGCGCUAAUCACUAUAAUCACGUUCACGACACACUAUUUUCUCGAAAAUACUAGUGCCCUAAACGCAGUUAAUGUAUUUUCUGGACUAGCACUCUUUAAUCAGCUGACUAUACCGCUGUUGAUAUUACCAGUAACUAUAUUAAUGAUGAUACAAGCAACGGUCAGCACAAAAAGGAUAAAUGAUUUCUUGGAUCUUCCAGAAUCUUACAACACACAAAAUGACAUUAAUGGUGAUGAUGCGUAUUCUAAGCAGUCCGCGGACAAUUCAUACGAAGCUUUCCUUGAUGUUAUUCCAGAAGAUAAUACUCUCUCUGAAAGGGAAGAAAUGGCUGUUAAUAGUUCACAAGUUGUUCAAGAGAAAGAAUUUCUUGUAAGAUUUAAAAACGCUGUUUUUUCUUGGAAAAUGAAGGAAAACGUUUGGCUUGAAGUCGAUGAUUUAGAAAUCUCACCAGGAAAAUUAAUAAUGGUUGUCGGAGCUUCGGGGUCUGGUAAAUCUUUGUUGCUUUCCGCAAUACUGGGAGAAAUGUAUCUCGAAAGAGGAGAUAUUAACAUAAAUACUAGUUGUACAAUGUGGUACGCCGGACAACCACCUUGGAUUCUCGAAGAUUCUAUACGUGAAAAUAUAUUAAUGGGUAGUGUAUGGUGCCCGAAAAGAUACGCACGCGUACUGCGUACCACUGGCCUUCGACCUGACUUGAAACUCUUACCGGAAGGUGAUAACACGCAGUUGGGAAGUUAUGGGACGCCAUUGUCAGGAGGACAGCGCGUUCGCUUAUGUGUUGCACGUGCUUUGUACUCACGAGCAAAGCUUAUUGUACUUGACGAGCCGCUUAGUUCUUUAGAUGUAUCGCUAGCACGACAUUUAGUUGCAAAGGCGCUUGUACCAGCGGCGCGAUCUGGUCGUACAGUCCUAUUAGCAACUAACAGACUGGAGCUACUGCAUUACGCAGACAUUGUGAUAGCGAUGGGAGACUGUCGUAUAAGAGAAGUUGGUCAUCUAAGUACUACACACGAAGGUAUUAUCAGCCAAUGGGCACAACUAGCAGCUGAAGCUCGCUCAGCAUCUGGGAGGACCGCAGCGGAUCCAUCUGGCGGCACUCUGCGCGAGCGAUCACAACUUCUUCGUGCAAUAAACAGUUUACAGUUUCGGAGAAAUAUGUCAGAUGAUGCUUUACAAGUUGGCGUUAACGAAGUGGCUGGAGCUCAUCUUCUAGCCGAGGUGCCUACGUUUACUGGUGGCACUUGGCGUAGUACUGUAAAGCGAAAUCGGCCACUGUUGUCACGCCAGAUCUCGUCCCCGCCUCCAUCCAUUCGCUUCAAAUGGUAUCGCGAUUUUCGACGAGCUGUGAGUGCAGAUGAAGCUAAUGAAGUAUUACAACGAGAAGGAAGUUUAUUGCGACGUCUUUUAAGCCGCCGACCGAAUCGAACAGUACCAAGCUGGACGCCAGUAAGCUUACAUCGAUUAUUAAGCUCAGACUCAGAUAAAAUCAUCCCCGCAUCUCAAAAUAUUGAAACAGUCGUGGAGGAGUCAAUAAACGACCCAACGGUUAUUUCAAACUGCAAUGGUGUCGAAACAACUAUUGCACCCGACGAUGCACUGCCACCCACCGAAGGAGACGCAGAGCUUACUCUGGAUGAGUUACAGUGUACAGUGGUAUGGAAAUAUGCUCGUGCGUGUCGUUGGUGGGGGGGAGCGUAUUUCUGCGUCGCUGUGAUAGCUCAAGUCGUUUCUGUCGGCGCUGAUUAUUGCCUGUCACAUCUCGCCGUAGAAAAUAAACGUUCUCCUCUGUCUGAUCAACAGAUGUGGGACAUGAUUCUUGUGUACGCUCUGUGGUGCGCGUGCGGGGUGCUGGCGGCGGGCGGCGCGCAAGUGUUGUGCGCGUGCGCGGCCGCGGCGGCGCGGCGCUCGCUGCACGAACGACUGCUGCACGCCACGCUGCACGCUUCGCUGCACCACCACAACUCGCGCUCGGCUGGCGACACGAUACAUCGCUUCUCUUCUGACACUCUUAUUGUUGAUAAAAAGUUACCAACAGCUGUAAAUAGAUGGGUCCAGCUAGCCCUGCUCUGUGGAGCGGCUAUGCUUGUUAAUGCCGUCGCGUCACCGUGGACCUUACUUGCAAUGAUUCCAGCAUUCGCCAUAUACAUUAUCUUGCAAGUUGUUUAUUUGAAGAAUGCUAGGACGCUUCAACACGCAGAGGCUGACACAGCGGCGCGCGCGGUGUCGUUGGCGGCGCAAACGCUGGCGGGGGCGGUGACUGUGCGCGCGUGCCGACUACGCCCGCGCAUGCUGACUGCCUUUUACCACCGUCUAGAUCGCAAUCACAAUGCUUUGUUGUUACUCAAUUCUGCAAAUCGGUGGCUAAGUCUUUCACUGGACAUAAUGGGAGCGGUGAGCGUGUUCGUGUCUCUGGCUGCGGCGCUGUACAGCGGCUGCAGUGGCGCGGUGACGGGGUUGGCGGGGGCUUAUUCGCUUCUGCUGCCCGUGUACCUCGCUCACCUCGGCAAGGCGCGAGCAGAUUUAGAUGCGAUGCUUGCUGCUGUACAACGACUGCUUACCGAUACGGAUGUGCCUCAAGAAGAUUAUAGAGAAGAAUGUCCGAUUCCUAAAGAAUGGGAACGAAAGGGGAAAAUAGAAUUUCAAGAUGUAACUAUUCAAUAUCAACCAGAAUCAUCGCCAGUGCUCCAGAACAUAAAUUUGAUGAUCAAACCUGGUCAAAAGAUAGCAGUUUGUGGCCGAAGUGGUAGCGGAAAAUCUACUCUUCUAAUGACUUGUGCGGGAGCAACGACAAUUAAGAGCGGUCGCGUGCUUCUCGAUGGUCAAGACAUUAAUCGAGUACCGUUGCGCGUGUUACGACAUCGAAUAGUAGUUUUACCGCAAGAAACAGUUUUGUUUUCUGGAACACUACGAGAAAACCUCGAUCCACUUGCCGUGCACACAGACGAAGAAAUUUGGCACAGUCUACGAGCGGUCGGGUUGUUCGACUAUGUGACCGCACAGCCAGCCGGCUUAGAGUGCAGCGUGUCGGCGCGGCGCUGGGCGGGCGGGCGCGCGGCGCGGGCGGGCGCGGCGCGGGCGGCGCUGCACGCGCGCGCGGCGGCCGCGCUGCUGCUGGACGAGCCGGCCGCCGCGCUCGACGCCGCCGCCGAGCGCGCGCUGCUCCGCGCCCUCGCCGCGCUGGCGCCGGCCGCCACUGUCCUCACUGUUGCGCACCGCCUGUCCUCCGUGCGCGGCUACGACGGCGCCGUCGUUUUACAGCAAGGCGUGGUUACGGAGAACGUGGACGUUGAUAACUUGCUGGACCCCCGCGCCUCUCUGAGUGCGUGUGACGACGGCUCUGCUAUUCCUGGUCAACCUCACUUGACGAUGUAGCUUUACUAGAUUAGAGGUCCAAAUCUCAGCGGCGAUCCGUACGAUAUUUAAUGUUUUUAAAGUGCAUCGCUUUAAAAAUAAGACUGAAGUUACUCUUAUUUAUUUGUUAUUCAAUCACCUCGAGGACCACCGAAUGAUAUUCUUUUUAUAGCAAUAAUAUUGUAAUUUUUGACCCUUUUCGAUAUUUAUAGUGUUGUAUAAAACUAUUUAGUAAUGAAAUAGUGAUUGACGUUUAUUGAAUAAAACAAUAAGAAAAA